AUGCUGAAAAUCAGUGCAGCCUUAUUUUUGACAAUUGCAGUAGCAUUCGUAAACGGCAUCAACAUUGAAGUAUCUGAAUAUGACAGAGAAAUUCAAGUAAAGAAUCAAAAUGAAUUAAAAAGCACGUCAAACAAUGCCCUUUGUAAGAAAGACCAACACAUCAUCGAAAAUCAAAAUGAUUUGUAUCAACUUUCGAACGAGUGUCCCACAAUUGAUGGAUCCAUUUCUUUCCAAAAUUAUGUUGAACCACAUAUCAAUUUGGGUAAUAUUAAAACAAUUAAUGGUAACUUCAUUCUCGAAGAAAACAACGAGGUGGUUUCUAUUCAAGGCGACGCUUUAGAAAAAAUUGGCGGUACUUUCAAACUUUAUGAUUUAACUUCAUUGAAUGCUGUUAAUUUCCCACAUUUGCAUGACUUGAACGUGGUUCACUGGAGAGUUGUACCAAUUCUAGGCUCUGUCGCGAUGGACAAUAACAUUGACUCAAUCAAAUCUUUGGUCAUUUCAGACUCUUCGUUGACAUCUUUAAGGGGAUUUGACAAAAUAGCAAAGCUUGACACCUUCAACAUUAAUAACAACAGAUAUUUGGAAUCAAUUGCAACAAACGUAAAGUACAUUUCAAAACAGCUCAGUGUCUCUGCAAACGCCGAUGAAUUGAACCUUGACAUGUCAGAAUUGAUUUGGGCAAAUAAUGUGACGAUUAGAGACACAAAAGAAAUCAAUUUGGAGCAUCUUCAGUAUGUCAAUCAAUCACUGGAAUUCAUUGAGAAUAAGGUGAAUAAGUUGGAACUAUCCGAACUAAAAUCGGUUGGUGGUACGCUCGGAAUUAUUGAAAAUAAACACCUAUCAAAAGCUGACUUCAACAACGUCUCUCAAAUUUCAGGAGGUCUCAUGAUUGCUGGUAAUGAUGCCUUAGAAAAGAUUGGUUUCUUCAAAAGCUUGAAAUUGAUUGGAGGUGCCAUCCAGUUCAAGGGUAACAUCAAAGACACGGAUUUCCCUAACCUCAGACUUGUAAAGGGCUCCGCAAUAAUCCAAAGUACAUCCGAUGAGUUAGACUGUUCGAAAUGGGUUACGCCAAAUUCGGGAUCAUCAAUUAUUCGUGGUGGUAAGAUUGAAUGUGAGCCUAAGGGGAAGAAAAGUAGCGCUAACGUCAGACAGGAUGGAACUGUCUUGGACAGGACCACCACCACUGAAUCAGCAGAAGCAAAGGAGACGAACGGAUCCACAAUAAUGGGAGCUAACUUCUUGUUAUUAGCAUUGGCCGUUCUUGGUACCGUUCGUAUUUUAGGUUAA